UGUCGCUGAAGUCGUCUCCGAAGUUCUGCCACCACCUAUUCUUUGUGCCCGAGCCUUACUGUCCUGGGAUACCGCUACCCGCUCGAGUCGCAACUUUGGGGUCCUGCCCGGGAUGUCACUCUUCCAGAAGCCGCAAAACCACAGUGUGCUCCUCAUGUGGAGACCUUCAGUGUGAACGACGUGUAAACCUGGAAAAGGUCGUGGGCCCCAUGGAGCAGCGUGUUUUAGUGGAAACGCUCUGUCCUUGCGGUCGACUUUGUCUCGUCUAGGUGAUUCGCAGUGAGGUGGCAGACAGGACUGGCAUACCAAGUGGAGGAGUCUGGACUAGUCUGGGCUGGGCGCCCGGCCAGAAGUCGUCCAAAGCUGCUAAUUGGCGGGGCGGCCUUCGAGGAGGCUCCGCCCCACCGGGCCGUUGCUCAGGGGGCACCUCGUCGGACGGUGAGUCGGCUCAUUCGAGCCCAUGCCGCCACCGUCGUGCUCAUUGCUGCUGCUGCUUCUGGUCGCUGCUGUCACUGUCACCGCCACAACAAUGAUCAUUCCCGGUGGCAUUUUGAGGACGCUAGGCGGUGCGCCAUCGGAGAACCGUUUAGUGCAGGGUGGUACCAGAACAGAUGUCUACCGUGAAUCCACAGCCUUCCGUUGGCGUCUGGUGACGGAACCAGGUCGCAUCUGCAGGAAGCGCUGGGACAGACGCACCGGAGGCCAGGCUCGUUUCUGCAGGAAGGAGCCCAAGGUUGUGAAAGAAAUAUCACGCGGUGUGCACUUGGCUUUGCGGGAGUGUCAAAGUCAACUGCGGCACGAGCGUUGGAAUUGUACGACAGUCAAGUCUUCCAUGAGGAGAUUGCUUAUGAGAGACACAAGGGAAAGUGGCCUGGUCGAUGCAUUCGUGGCAGCAGGCGUCGUGUAUGCCCUUGCUGAGGCCUGUGCCCAGGGCCGGCUCGUCGACUGCCGAUGUCGUCGGCAACGGCUUCAUCUCAAUCCUUCUUCAAGGCGCAGCUGUGAAACGUUCGUCGACUUCGGUUACCACAAGUCUCGGACCUUCCUGGGUCGGCCCAGAGCAGGCGGUGAUUUCAGGGCCAGGAUCCUGGCUCACAAUUACGAAGCAGGACGAAAUGCGGUUCGGCAAAACCUUGAACGCGUUUGCCGCUGCCACGGCAUGUCCGGAACCUGUUCCCUGAGAACCUGUUGGCUACGGUUGCCUCAAUUCAGCAAAGUUGGACGGCGGCUGCGUGGCCAGUUGGAAAAUGCUGUACGUGUCUCAGCAGGCAACACGGGAAAGGGCUUCGCGCUUCAGGGCCCAACCCCUACGCGGCAAGACAUCGUCUACUCCGAAACCUCUCCAGACUUCUGCGAGGGGGAUCGCCGCUCUGGAUCUCUGGGGACACGAGGUCGCCUUUGCGAGCGCGAGUCUUCAGGACCCGAAGGCUGCCAGAACCUAUGCUGUGGCAGAGGUCAAGAAACGCGUCACAUGUUAAUCAGCACCGCUUGCAACUGCACCUUCCAGUACUGCUGCAAAGUCACCUGUCAAACGUGCUGGGACACAGUGGAACGGUCGACCUGUUCGUAACCGCUACAACAACAGCUUUCAAGCUACGUCUUUCAAGUGUGUGUUUCCCUUCAAGCUGUGGCAAGUGCUGACUCUGUUCCUGCUGCACGCGGAAACACAUAUUGCAUUUACCUAAAACUCUUUACUGCGCCCGCAUCGGCAGUAAAUAACACGAGUUCUAGUGACAGGUGCGCGUAUGGCAAACUAGUGCACGCCUCCACCCCGUUUCGCAAACGUGCCACGGUCCCUCCCGGAUAGAGGGAGCCCCUAUAAGCGUACACAAACGAAAUGUACAUAGUGGAUCGUACGUCCGGCCCUAAAGAGGAACAACGACCACAGGCAGACGAUGAGGAGACAGAAGAGACUCCACCCGCUCUUCAUACACCCGCUGCUGUCUUAAAGAGCUCGCUGUAAAUUUCCCACUUCGCACACAAGAACUGCGUUGCUUGCGUUCAUUUCCGCUUUCGUGCUCAAAUGUCGUCUGGACGGGGACAAACUAUCGACGCCCUCUGACGUGCGUUGUCGGCUUUGUACAGACUCCUUUCUGUCGUGAGACACUUCAAGUGUGACGUGUGAAAUGUCUUUUUUUUUUUCCUGUGCUUUCCGCUGACAUCACCUGUACGCUGCGUUCUAUAGCACUCCUGUAGAAGAUACUUCUGGGAAAAGUAAAAACAACAGCUUUGUUGCGCA